GAACAGUUUAGAUGGCACUCAGAAAGAGCUUGGUCCAAAGUCUGGCAGAUCGCCUGAAGCUUUGGACUGGCACAGCUGUGAUUCCUCGGAUAGCAUGGAGGCGGCGCAUCUUCAAAGGGUUCAAAAGUCCCAGAAUUCAACGCCCUCAGACGACUUGGUGGAUUCUCGUUCGCCCCAGAGCAAGCGAAGCAGGACACACAGUCCCACUUCCAGAUCAUCGUUUGUGCUACCAGUGGGAGUUGAGGAUUUGCCGGAGGCUGUUUUGGAUGGGGUCACAAGCCCUGGCCAAGCUAUGCAACCCCGAUGCAGCAGCUUUUCUGGAGUUGGAAGCACUGACAAGGAAAAUGCACCUGUGGACAUCCAGCCUCGUCCUUUAUCCGAUAACACACAGCUCGACUUGCUGAAAGCAAACACUGCAAAGCCUUCUGAACCGGGCUCGGAUUUGUCGCAAUCGCCCAAGCCAAGUGAAGCUUCUGCUUCCAAAGCAUUUUCUCCAAGGCCGGAGUCUCCCAAAUCUGAAUUGCCCAAACCGGCGGAAUCUCCCAAACCUGCUAGUUCGCCUGAGAAGUCACCCAACGAAGGGGCAGCGAAAGGACCCACGCCACUGAAGGGGGUCAGCCAAGGGAAGGUCGGUAUGCUGGACGUGAGCUCAACCUCGAAGAUAGAGAUUGGGAGUCUCCAAGCUCUCCGAGCAAGUGCAGGUGCUCCAUCACAGCAAGCUUCUGCCCCAGACACCCCUGACACCCCUGACACUCCUGACUUUUCUGAUUUCAAGGGCUACGGCGGCUACCCGCAAUCCACAUCACAGGAAGUGCCACGACAGAUUUCCGCUGGCAAUGCUGAGACAGAGGACUCUGGAAGACCCCAACCCGCCGAUGGUUUUGAGAGAGCCGCAGGUUCGAGAGGGGACGAAGAAGCAGAGGAUGCCAUCGGUCAAGCCUUGCCGUCAAGCACCAGCUUGCUGCCGGCAGAGGUGUCAGGAGCUUCAUCUUCCCAAGCUGAUCAGCCAGAGAUCACGGUCCCAACUCUGGUACCAGGUAUGGUAGCAGCAACUCCGAACAGUUUAGAUGGCACUCAGAAAGAGCUUGGUCCAAAGUCUGGCAGAUCGCCUGAAGCUUUGGACUGGCACAGCUGUGAUUCCUCGGAUAGCAUGGAGGCGGCGCAUCUUCAAAGGGUUCAAAAGUCCCAGAAUUCAACGCCCUCAGACGACUUGGUGGAUUCUCGUUCGCCCCAGAGCAAGCGAAGCAGGACACACAGUCCCACUUCCAGAUCAUCGUUUGUGCUACCAGUGGGAGUUGAGGAUUUGCCGGAGGCUGUUUUGGAUGGGGUCACAAGCCCUGGCCAAGCCAUGCAACCCCGACGCAGCAGCUUUUCUGGAGUUGGAAGCACUGACAAGGAAAGCGCUGGCCCGGUGCUUCCAAUACAGACACGUCUACCUGACAGAGGACGUGACAGCCAGCCUCGUCCUUUAUCCGAUAACACACAGCUCGACUUGCUGAAAACAAGAACUGCAAAGCCUUCUGAACCGGGCUCGGAUUUGUCGCAAUCGCCCAAGCCAAGUGAAGCUUCUGCUUCCAAAGCAUUUUCUCCAAGGCCGGAGUCUCCCAAAUCUGAAUUGCCCAAACCGGCGGAAUCUCCCAAACCUGCUAGUUCGCCUGAGAAGUCACCCAACGAAGGGGCAGCGAAAGGACCCGCGCCACUGAAGGGGGUCAGCCAAGGGAAGGUCGGUAUGCUGGACGUGAACUCAACCUCGCAGAUAGAGAUUGGCAGUCUCCAAGCUCUCCGAGCAAGUGCAAGUGCUCCAUCACAGCAAGCUUCUGCCCCAGACACCCCUGACACCCCUGACACUCCUGACUUUUCUGAUUUCAAGGGCUACGGCGGCUACCCGCAAUCCACAUCACAGGAAGUGCCACGACAGAUUUCCGCUGGCAAUGCUGAGACAGAGGACUCUGGAAGACCCCAACCCGCCGAUGGUUUUGAGAGAGCUGCAGGUUCGAGAGGGGCCGAAGAAGCAGAGGAUGCCAUCGGUCAAGCCUUGCCGUCAAGCACCAGCUUGCUGCCGGCAGAGGUGUCAGGAGCUUCAUCUUCCCAAGCUGAUCAGCCAGAGAUCACGGUCCCAACUCUGGUACCAGGUAUGGUGAACAGUUUAGAUGGCACUCAGAAAGAGCUUGGUCCAAAGUCUGGCAGAUCGCCUGAAGCUUUGGACUGGCAAAGCUGUGAUUCCUCGGAUAGCAUGGAGGCGGCGCAUCUUCAAAGGGUUCAGAAGUCCCAGAAUUCGACGCCCUCAGACGACUUGGUGGAUUCUCGUUCGCCUCAGCACAAGGGCAUCAGAAUGUCCUUGCCGCUUUUGGUGGGCCUUGAGGAUCUGCCUGAGACUGUUUGGGAUGGCGUUACAAGUCCUGGCCGGGCCAUGCAACCCCGACAUGCAGGCUCUAAAGCGGCUGGAUUUCCAAGUGGCUCAAAUUGUGAGGAGGAAGGGUCACCUGCCAGCGGAAGCAUUUCCUUCAGAGAAAGCGCAACUGCGCAGGUGUCCUUCGGAACUCAACCAAAAGUGGCCGAAGGUGCAAAGCAUCCAGACAAGACAGAUCCGCUCCCUUGCAGUACACUGCUUGGUGACUCCUUGCGAAGUUUGUCCCCAGCUGAUCAGCCAGAGAUCACGGUCCCAACUCUGGUACCAGGUAUGGUAGCAGCAACUCCGAACAGUUUAGAUGGCACUCAGAAAGAGCUUGGUCCAAAGUCUGGCAGAUCGCCUGAAGCUUUGGACUGGCACAGUUGUGAUUCCUCGGAUAGCAUGGAGGCGGCGCAUCUUCAAAGGGUUCAGAAGUCCCAGAAUUCGACGCCCUCAGAUGACUUGGUGGAUUCUCGUUCGCCCCAGAGCAAGCGAAGCAGGACACACAGUCCCACUUCCAGAUCAUCGUUUGUGCUACCAGUGGGAGUUGAGGAUUUGCCGGAGGCUGUUUUGGAUGGGGUCACAAGCCCUGGCCAAGCCAUGCAACCCCGAUGCAGCAGCUUUUCUGGAGUUGGAAGCACUGACAAGGAAAGCGCUGGCCCGGUGCUUCCAAUACAGACACGUCUACCUGACAGAGGACGUGACAGCCAGCCUCGUCCUUUAUCCGAUAACACACAGCUCGACUUGCUGAAAGCAAAAGCUGCAAAGCCUUCUGAACCGGGCUCGGAUUUGUCGCAAUCGCCCAAGCCAAGUGAAGCUUCUGCUUCCAAAGCAUUCUCUCCAAGACCGGAGUCUCUCAAAUCUGAAUUGCCCAAGCCGGCAGAAUCUCCCAAACCUGCUAGUUUGCCUGAAAAGUCACCUAGCAAAGGGGCCUCGAAAGGACCCGCCCCACCCAAGGGGCCGAGCAAGGGCAACAAGGGUGGCAAGGGUGCCAAAAGCAGCAAGUCCGCUGUAGGAGUUGACGAUUUGCCGGAGGCCGUUUUGGAUGGGGUCACAAGCCCCGGCCAAGCCAUGCAACCUCGACGCAGCAGCUUUUCUGGAGUUGGAAGCACUGACAAGGAAAAUGCACCUGGUGGACAUGGCUCAACCCAGGGUGAGGGCCCAGUGCUUCCAAUACAGACACGUCUACCUGACAGAGGACGCGGCAGCCAGCCUCGUCCUUCAUCUGAGAACACACAGAUUGACUUGCUCAAAUUACCAACCGCAAAGCCUUCUGAACCGGGCUCGGAUUUGUCGCAAUCGCCCAAGCCAAGUGAAGCUUCUGCUUCCAAAGCAUCCUCUCCAAAACCGGAGUCUCCCAAACCUGAAUCUCCCAAACCAGCGGAAUCUCCCAAACCGGCAGAAUCACCCAAACCUGCUAGUUCGCCUGAAAAGUCACCUAGCAAAGGGGCCUCAAAAGGAUCUGCCCCACCCAAGGGGGCUAGCAAAGGGAAGGACAACAAAGGCAAGGGCAAAGCAAAGGCAGAACCCAGGAAACCUGACAUUAAGCCAGGGGUGCAAGUCAAGCGGCUUUUCUGGAAUUCUUUCCGUGUGGAUAGCGAGCGCAACACUGUUUGGAAUGAGAUCGACCGAGAAGGUGCUCCGAUCGACACCAAGCAAUUGGAGGUGCUCUUUUGCGAUGAGCCCGGGAAGCGUUUUGCUUCGCCGAGUCCGGAAAACACUGAGCGAGUGAAGAAGAUCCAGGUGUUGGACGCGCAGCGCCGUCGCCAGGUCUGUGUGAUGCUCGCGCGUUUGGGGCUCUGUGACGUCCCUCGGGCUUUGCAGCAGAUGGAUUCAGCGUUGGACAGCGAGCAAGUGGAGCUGUUGCUUAUCAACUUGCCCUCCGAAGAUGAGAUGAAGCUUCUACAAAGAGCCAAAGAAGAACAUGUCAUUGAUGACCUGCAUGUAUGGGACCAAGCCGAAGAAUUCCUCCUGAAUUUCAUUAGCGUACCUCAGUUCGAGCUGCGACUGCGUGCAUGGCAUUUCCAAAAUACCUUUGAAGAGCGCUUCCAAACGUUGGAUGCUGCUGUGCGCUGCGUCGCCCAGGGCUGCCAAUCAGUGCUGACCUCCACCUGUAUUCGCCAUUUGCUUGGCAUUGUUUUGUACGUUGGAAACUAUCUGAAUGGUGGUACUCCUCGUGGACGCGCAGACGGCUUUGCACUGGACACUUUGGUCCUCAUGCGCACUGUAAAGAUGUCACAGGGUGAUAAAGCAGGCAGCCUGGUGGACUACAUCACUGGUCAGAUGGAGCGCGUCUACCCAGGAGAUCUCCACAGAGUCUUUGCUCCUGGAGGCGACUUCGAGCUGCUGAAGGCGGCGGCGCGGCACAAGGCGCCCGAUCUGGCCGAGGAACUGCGUUCCUUCCGCGCCACGGCGGAACAGGUGCUCACGAAGCUCAAUUCUCCAGCGAGUUUGGAGGAUGACUCGCUACAGAGCUGUUGCCAGUGGCUGGAGACGCGCCGGGACAUCCAGCUGAAUGGUCUUGAACAAGAAUUGCGACAGAUGGAAUCCAGUUACGAAGAAAUUGUGGUGUGGUUCCACAUGGAGGACAAAGGCAUUCGCAAGCCAACGGAUGAAUUCUUUGGGAUCUGGUCAAAGUUCUUAGCGGAUAUCCAGACCGCACUCAAGGCUUCAGAAGAGCAGGCCCUGAAGGAAAAACGAAAGAACUCCAUGCCCCGACGCAUCUCCAUGGCGAUGAAGGAGCAGCGUAGUCGCCGCAGCUUGACCCCUCGGCGGAGCGAGGCCGGACUUUUCCGACCCAUAACUCACAGCUCCGACGGUAUGUCGCGGCAAUGCUCAGACGCCACAACUGAAGAUGUGGAUGGACCAGAAGAAAGACAGGGGAAACCACCUUUGCCCAGUGAGUCAAGGGCACGGAGAGAAGUUGUUUCUCUUCAACCGGACCAGGCGGUUGUUCCUGAUAAAUGAACAAAAUGAACAUAGCAUAGCAUAGCUUCUGGAAUUCACUGGGUUGAUACCAGACGAUCAAAUGCAAUGCAUUUGAUCCAGAAAACAG